GGAGCCGGGGAUGCAGCCGCCGCCCCGCAAAGUGAAGCCGGCCCAGGAAGUGAAGCUGCGGUUCGUGGAGCAGCUGACCACCCUUCAGAAUCGGCAGCAGCGGGAGGCCGAUUUGCUAGAAGACAUCAGGUCCUACAGUAAACAGCGAGCAGCCAUCGAACGAGAUUACGGACAGGCGCUGCAGAAGUUGGCGGCACCCUUCCUGAGGAGAGAUGGACACAGGGGCCAGGAGACCGAGGGCAGGAUGGUGUUUGGGUCCUGGCGCUCCCUGUUGGAGGGCACCGUGGCCGGGGGCCAGUCCCGGCUCCUCGCCGCCGACCGCUAUCGUGACCUGGCCGGCGAAGCUGGGCGCAGUGCCAAGGAGCAGCUGUUCAGAAAGGGUGCGGAACGUCUCCAGAGGGCUCAGGCAGAAGUGCUGGAGUCCGUGCGGGAGCUGAGCCGCAGCUGGAAACUUUAUGGACAGCGGGAGCGGCUGUGCAGCCUGGCACGGGAGAAGGCAGCGGACACCCAGGCCAGGCUGAAGCGCAGCGAGCAUAGUCUGUUCCACAAUCGAGCCAACCUCCAGAAACUCAGCUUAAAGCUCUCCACCCAGCUGGCCCAGUAUUCCCAGCAGCUGAGCAGUGCCCGCAAUGACUACCUGUUGUGCCUGGCGGCCACAAAUGCACAUCUUGGGCAUUACCACCGCGAGGAGCUGCCCGCUCUCAUGAAGGUCCUGGUCGGAGAGUUAUCUGGGCGGCUGAAUGACCACAUAGCCCUCCUGGGCCGCCUGGAGCUGGAGCUGGCUCAGCUGGGCUUGCAGCAGGCUCAGCAAAGGGAGCAGGCUUCUGCCCAGGUAAGCUGGGAGCAGGAAUGGCUUCUUUUCCUCCAGCAACCAGGCACCUUCUCUCCUGCCCCUCCGCAGAAGUUCCAGCCCGCUGGGGCCGACCAGGUGUGCAUCCUGGAGGCCAGUGGGGACAAGGCAGGUGGAGAGAGCGGACUGGAGAAAGAGGUGCAGCGCUGGGCCAGCCGGGCCGCCCGCGAUUACAAGAUCCAGGGCCAUGCGCAGCGGGUGCUCCGGAGGUUGGAGCUGAGGAGGCAGCAGGCGUCCGAGAGGGAGACCCCGGGAAUGGAUCUUCGGAUACAGGAAGUGAGGGAGAGCAUGCGCCGCGCACAGGUGAGCCAGGUGAAGGGGGCUGCUCGGCUGGCCUUGCUACACCAGGCAGGGCUGGAUGUGGACUGCUGGCUGCAGCCGGCCCUUGCCCAGGCCCAGGAGGAGCUGGAACAGGAGAGGAGGCUCAGCGAAGCCAGACUAUCCCAGAAGGACCUCUCUCCCACGGCCGAAGACCUGGAGCUGUCAGACUUUGAGGACUGUGAAGACAGCGGGGACCUGUUCGAGGAGCCAGCCCCUGAGCCCCCGCCCACCCUCCCCUUCCCCUGCUCUGGGCAUGUUGUCUUUGGUUACCAGGCAGAGCAGGAAGAUGAGCUCACCAUCACGGAAGGGGAGUGGCUGGAAGUAACGGAAGAUGGGGACUCCGAGGAGUGGGUCAAGGCCCGGAACCAGAGGGGUCAGGUGGGCUUCGUUCCAGAGAGAUACCUGGUGUUCUCAGCGUUGGUUCCACACACGGGGAUGCCCGAGAAUGAGGGUGAUGGCCCACCCAAAGGCAAUGCCCAGCCCGAUCCUGCAGAGAGCCUGGCUCAGGCCCUGUACAGCUACACGGCGCAGAGUGCGGAGGAGCUGAGCUUCCCAGAGGGGGCACUGAUCCGGCUGCUGCCGCGGGGCUGGGGCGGCAUAGAUGACGGCUUCUGGCGGGGAGAGUUCGGGGGUCGCAUCGGUGUCUUCCCCUCUCUGCUGGUGGAGGAGCUGCCUGGCGGCCCCGGCCCCCCUGAUGGCCCAGACCAGACCCAGCCGCUGCCGUCCCCCUCCCCGCCGAGCUUCUCUCCACCGGCCCCUAUCCCAGCCUUGGUUCCGGAGCUGCUUGCAGAAGGGCCCCAAGCCGACGCCUCCCUGGAUCUAACUCCUCCACGACUCCGUCCGGUGCGCCCACCACCCCCACCACCUGCCAAAGCAACCGAGCCCCCAGAUCCGCUCACCUGAGCCUCCACGGAUUCCCCACCCCCCUUCGAAGUCCUGGGGCUGCCACAAGUCAAGGCUGCAAUGGGCAUCCUCCCCUGCCCCUGGUGGGGCACUGGCACUCGGGCCCACCCAGGCCACAUCUGCAGCAGGCCCAGCGGAUGUGGCUGCACCAGAGGCUGGCUCCCUCCCCGCCCCAGGACUACGGGCUUCACUGCCCACUCCCCCAGGUGGGGAGGGGGAGCACCAGAAGGAGCAGGAGCCUGGCAGGGACCACUUUUUGAUUGGAGCUGAUUUAUUGAAAAUGCAAUAAAGGCCGGAGGCCAAGGGGAAUAUG